AUGUUAUUCCAGUUCGCUUUAACCGCCUUCGGUAUGCUAUUAGCGACCGUUUCUGCUGCCUACACUAACUCCACCUACUCUGCUGUCACUGUUACGCUAUCUCCAACUUUUUCAGUUUCGCCUCAAACUAGUGUCGUGUCGUACUCUGAUGAGACUACUACCUACUACUAUACCUCCACCUUGUACUCCACCUACUGGUAUACGCCAAUGACUACUUCUUCUGCUAAGACUGUUAUGAUAGAUGUUGAAGAUAUGACGACAACUUUCUCGUCAUCUGGAACCGCCUACACUUCCACGAUCACUUCAACCAUCACAUCCACAGUUAAAUUUGCUGAUUACACCGUAACAACCGCAUCUGGCUCUCAAGCUAUUGCCCAGCAGGCAAAGAACGCCGAUGCCGCUGGAUUGGCAUCUGCGUCUGCAUCUGCGUCUGCAUCUGACGCGAAAGUUUGUUCUCCAACUACUGUUACCGUUACCGUCACUCCACAACCAUCUAUUCAAUACGUCACGGUCACUGCAAGUGCUGGAAGUCAAUGGGUGAACGGUACGAACCCCAAUUAA